ACCCCUGAACUCUGUAGAAGUGGCUUUUCCUUGACUGGGCUCCACCCGUUCCAGAGGGAGGAGUUAUUCCAUUAUAAAAACACCUUGUGAACACCUGAGGGGCUGGCCUUGAGCUGCUGAGCCAAGUGGGAGACAGAAUUUCAGAAGGUGUAGAGAACCCAGGAGACAGCAUCAUGGCAGCGAAGCCCAAGCUUUACUACUUUGAUGGACGAGGCCGAAUGGAGCCAAUCCGGUGGCUCCUGGCUGCUGCUGGAGUCGAGAUAGGGGCACCAGCAUCUCUGGGAGGGUUUUCCUGGGGAGAAGUCAUGGACAGACUCAGAGGAUCUCAUCCACCAGGUAGGAGCAGAAAACAACUGUUUCAGUUUGAAGAAGAAUUUCUGGAAACUUCGAAAGACUUGGAAAAGCUAAGAAACGAUGGGAGUUUGAUGUUCCAGCAAGUGCCAAUGGUGGAAAUUGAUGGGAUGAAGCUGGUGCAGUGCAGAGCCAUUCUCAACUACAUCGCCGCCAAAUACAACCUCUAUGGGAAAGACAUCAAGGAGAGAGCCCUGAUUGACAUGUACGUAGAAGGUGUGGCAGAUUUGAAUGAAAUGUACCUUUUUUGGUCCAUAAGCCCACCCAACGAACAAGCUGCCAAGAUGACCCAGAUGAAAGACAAAAUAGCAAAUCGUUAUUUGCCUGCGUUUGAAAAAGUGUUAAAGAGCCACGGACAAGACUACCUGGUUGGCAACAGGCUGAGCAGAGCUGACAUUCAUCUGGUUGAACUUCUCUACCUUGUUGAAGAGCUUGACCCCAACCUUCUGGCCAACUUCCCUCUGCUGAAGGCCCUGAAAGCCAGAAUCAGCAACCUGCCCACCGUGAAGAAGUUUCUGCAGCCUGGCAGCCCGAGGAAGCCUCCCAUGGAUGAGAAAUGUUUAGCAAAAGUAAAGGAGAUUUUCCAGUUAAAAUAAAGCAGGCCUGGCCCCCGGCACAUGCAGGAGUGAUCUUCAGCAGUUUUCCAACAAUGAAGUGCUUGAUCUAAAUAUAGAUCCUGACUAUUGUGGGGCCAAUACAUUAUUCCCAAGUUUUAAUGGUAGAUAUAUAACAGUUACUAUGAACAGAUUUAGUUAUAUCUUUUUCUUUAGGAUCAAAUAUGAAAUCAGAUUUUUAAUCUCU